CUGUGAGCCUGCCUGAGGAGAGCUGCGUGUCCCCAGUGUCCGCUCCGGUCGCCCGGUCAGGAAUGCGCCUCACGAAGCCGCUGUGCGGUGUAAGGUUUGAUGAGACCGGGACUAAGGUCUGAGACGAGACAUGGUCUGGCUUUGUUUACACUGCUAGUAUCGCAGGAGGUUUGAUCCGCCGAGCGGAGCACCGCAGCACGUUCAGGUCGAUAGCUUCAACCUGCUAAGUUAGCUGCUAGGAAGCUAGUUUGAGACCCGACAGAGAGCCGGACGGACUGCUGAGCCCGGCCGGUGCGCCGGACAGAGGAGGUGGUGGCAGGCGGGGGCCGGGACAACACGACGGGGUGGAAGUGAGUCAGGAGCGGCUGAUGAGUUCAGACCAGAGCGGAGAGCCGCCGCUGUUGCAGGAGGAGGCCGAGCCGGGACCGAGGACCGGCGGGAAGGACGAGGCUCCGCCGGCAACCGAGAGUGGGUCCGGCGGCAUGGUCACCUCUAAGGGCGCUGGUUUGAACCCAAAUGCUAAGGUUUGGCAGGAGAUGCCUGUGGCCCCCAGCGAGGCUGUUACUAACAGUCCUCAUUGGCCCCCCUCAGACAUCAGUGAGGGUUAUUCUGAGCCGUCGUCUGCUGGGUGCAAGCAGUACACUGUGGGAUUCACGGCCCUGGAUGACAGCAGCUCCACAGCAACAGCUGAGAUAGCAGUAAAUGGAAUGGACCCUCCAGAGUUGGGCUUUUCCCCCACUGAGUCCACCACAGGGACCUCAGUAGAUUCAAAAACUGAUGAACAGCCGAUCUCGUCUGAGAAUCUGCGCGAAUCUCUAAAGAAAGAACUGGAGUUUUAUUUCUCAAGAGAAAACCUCUCGAAGGAUUUGUACCUGAUGUCUCAGAUGGACAGCGACCAGUUUGUCCCCAUUUGGACCAUCGCCAGCAUGGAGGGUAUCAAGGUCCUCACCACUGACAUGGACCUCAUCCUGGAUGUGCUGAGAUCUUCUCCGAUGGUACAAGUGGAUGAGAAAGGAGAGAAAGUGCGUCCUAAUCACAAGCGGUGCAUUAUCAUCCUGCGGGAGGUCCCUGAAACCACACCUGUAGAGGAAGUGGAGUCGCUGUUCAAAAAUGACAACUGUCCAAAGGUGAUCAGUGUCGAGUUUGCGCACAACAACAGCUGGUACAUCACAUUCCAAUCAGACACGGAUGCUCAACAGGCAUACAAAUACUUGAGAGAGGAAGUAAAAACAUUUCAGGGAAAACCCAUUAUGGCCAGGAUAAAGGCCAUCAACACAUUCUUUGCAAAGAAUGGCUACCGUAGCAUGGACAGCAGCCUGUACGCCCAGCAGUCCCAGAGCCAGUCCCAGUACAGUUCCCCCCUCUACAUGCAACACGUGUACCCCCAGCAGCAGUACCCAGUCUACGGCAUCGUACCUCCCACCUGGACGCCUUCACCCACACCGUAUUUCGAAACCCCCCUGGCACCAUUUCCCAACAGCGGCUUUGUGAAUGGCUUCGGCUCGGGUGGACACUACAAAACUGGCUCCAAUUCUCUUAAUAUCAAUCGCCCAUUCAACAGAAACCGAAACCACGUGAAACCCCAGGGGAGGACAAACGAGGUGACUUCAGCAACCAUAACUCCUGUCCCCUUGGAAAGUCUGACCGGACUGCGCGGUCCGCCGGCCCCCACUCCUGUGGCCGCCACCACAAAUUCAAUCCAGACGGCCUCUGACCUGAGCUCUGCAUUUUCCCAUCUCUCCUCCUCCUCCUCGUCCUUGGACCCCAGUGACGACAGCGGCAUGGCUGGACGUGGAAGACGGAGCACAACUUACAGAGGAACACGGAGGAGGCGAGAAGAUGAACGGACUACGAGGCCUGUGCCGUUAGCAGAGGUCAAGGUUUCUCCUCCCAAGUUUGACUUGGCUGCUACCAAUUUCCCCCCUCUUCCCGGCUGCGUGGUCAGCACACAAGGAGAGCCGGUGUUGGAAAACCGAAUGUCAGAUGUUGUACGUGGCUUGUACAGGGACAAGACAGAACAAGCCAAUAAAGAAGCCACUGUGAGUCCAGCUUCAGUCCAAGCCCCGGUCACAGAGGAGGCUGUGGCUGUCUCAAGUCCCGCCCUGACAGCAGUGAAAGCUGCUACACAACCACUCGGAUCCUCUGCCCCUAGUGUCACUCGACAGGAGAAGAGGGUUGAACGAGCAGAGCUCUCAGUUCCAAAAGCGCCCCCACGUGCACCUGUUCAAGCUACCAUCAAUCCCUCCUCCUCUUCCUCCUCCUCCACACAGCCUGUGCCUAGCUCCAGGCCUCAGCCCUCUGCUGCCUCCACGCCAGCAACAUCCAGCACGCCGGCCCCUGCUCCUGUCACUAUUGCCACACCUGCACAGGAGCCCCGUAAGCUCAGCUACGCCGAGGUGUGCCAACGGCCACCCAAGGAUCUCCCCCCUGCAGCCCCUGCAGCUCCUGCACCAGCUUCCUCCAGCACUGCGUCAGGCCAGCCGUUACGUGAGUUGCGCGUCAACAAGGCUGAGGAGCCGGGCACCAGCAGCAGUCCUGGAGACAAGCAAGAGAAAAGCCACGACAGGGAGGGGGGAUGGGAAUGCAAGGAGAGCCGGCCACCGCGUGAACGUGACUCUCAAGGCUACCACCGCAGCAAUGGCCCCAGAGGCUCCGGGGGCCUCAAGUACCGGGACCAGAGGCGGCCGCCUAUGGCCCGACGCAGCUCCCCACAGGGAGGCUACAGGCACACUGGCAAAGAGCAGAAUAUCCCACCAGUAUCGCCAAAGUAAAAUCUCAAUAUGAAUAGAAAAGAGAUGUAUGAAUAUAUACAUGGAUAUAUAUAAUUAUAUAAAAAUGAAUAACAUAAAAGCAACAACAUUAUGGUAGACACCUUCCCCCCCUGGGACUUGUCCACAGAAAAGCUUUUCAAAUGACGAUAGGACCGGGACAUCCAGGACUAAUGGGCAAAAUGACACCUGAAGAACUUUCAAUGAGCGAUUUGUAGAGGAAAACAAAUCUUGUUUUGGCCUCCAGCAUUAUGCUUAAAAGAAUUUAAGUGCAAUUUACCUGGAGGCCGUCUCAUUUAUGCUCUGCUAGGGAGAGGUGGGAUGCUGGGCCACGUAAAUGGCCCCCCCUACCUUUUUUUUUGGAUUUAAGAAUAGAUGUUGGUCUGCAAGAACAAUAUGCACUAAGAAGAAAAGAACAUGCAUAUAUGUCAUGUACAUAUACAAAGAUAUCACUAACACGCAAUGAGAUCAGUUUUUUUCCCCUUGUGUGCUUAGGUUUGCAAGUAUGACUGAAGGGUUGACUGAUGUCUGUGUAUGCAUUGAUUGUUAAAACAAAAUGAUUGAAGUGCUACAGUAUGCUGUUGCACUGAUGUAAUGAAAUGGAUGAAUUUUUUCUUUUUGAUUUUUACAUCAGAGAUUCAGAAUCACUGUCCUGAAACUGGACAGUGCGGUCUUCUAAUGUAUAUUAAUGAAAUGUUCUAUGGUGGUAUUUUGAUCUGGUUCAUUAUUUGGCUUAAAUUGUAUCAGUCAGAUAUCAGAAACUGUUGAUGUACGCUGCAGUCAGAUGUGUGGUUUUUUUUUCUUUCUUUGAAGCCGAAAAAUCCACUUUGGGGGGUACUCACUGGCCACGGUGAACCUGCUAGCCUGGUCCAAAGUUUUUCAUGUUAAGUUUUAUCUCUAUCUUUUGGAUCCACGCAUCCAGUGGAUUCAGAGCAUUGUCAUGUUUGAUAAUCAGUCAGGUUCUCUGUUUACAUGUUUGUUUUUGGGUAGUAAGGUGACGUUUUCCAUGGGAGAGAAAAAAAAAAAAAAGAAUAGAUUAAUGGUAAGAUUUGACUGUUCAGUGCGCCUGAUGGUUUAGGUGAGGUUUGGCUUUUCUACAUCAUCACAGGAUAUCCAGGUUAAGCUUAUAUCUGUGAAUUGUUCUUAACAAUGGCAUAGUGUCAAAAUAGACUGACGAGUGCUAGCUAAGGAUGAUAGCUACAUAAUAAUUGGCAGCCAAGUCGUGGGUAUAAAGAAAAUUGGGACAUUUUCACGUGCUAUGUGCCAGCUGCCUACGAUCAUAGUGUGCUAGGAUAAAGUUUUGAUUUUUAUUGAUGAGGUCUGCUAAAUAAUGUAGUCUUGGGGAAGCUUUCAGCCCAGUGAAACUGGAUUUUGAAGAAACUGUAGAGGUGUAGUUGCCUAUGCUAUCUUGUAAUAACCCUUCACUAGAAACGUGUGUGGGAGAAUGUAAUUGUUCUAGUACUGAAUUUACAGAGGGAGGCUUUUGACAGCAGGUAUCCACCACAUUGUUUUGUGCUUUUAGGGUGAGUUUGCUGUUUUUUUUUUUUCUUUGUUUUUUCUUUCUUUCUUUGUUUUGUUUUGUUUUGUUUUUUUUAAAUUUGAAAAACAAAACAGGUUGACUUAGAAUUUGAAGUUUGACUCACUGUAUGUAUUGCUUUUUAAAUGUAUUUAUUUUAAUUCUGAUGCGCAACGCUUUUCUCCCAAUCUUGGUAGGCUGGUUUCCCCAAAGUUGUGUGAAAUCGCAUUGGCAAGAAAAAAAAAAAAAGAGAAAAAAUUACGCAUAUGACAUUUAUAUACUGUUUGAGAUGUCAGCUGAGAGAAAAUACUUGAUGCAUUGACUUUGGGUUUAGUAAUGCAGUAAAAUGAGUAACCAAUCACUGGGGCUGUUAUUUCUUUUUCAUUAAUGAGUAUGAGCAGCUAGUGAUUUAGUAUAAUUAAAUAAAUGCACUAACUUGUUUAAAAAAAUAAUCUUACUCAUGAGUAAUGUGAAUCAUUUUAGAAGCAUAUGGUUGAUGUUGACAGGCUUGCAAAUACCUACAGGAAUUGCCCCCCCCCCCCCCCCCCCCCCCCCCCCUCACCCCCAAUAUGUUUGGGUUAUUUUCUGUUUAAUUUGGGUAUGGGUGGCAAAAGGAAAUAUAGUAAUUGAUCAACCAAGUGUUUGAGACACAAUCCUAGAACUGUAUGAAAUGUCACCAAAAAUAAAUUAUUUUGAUUUGG